CACAGCGCACGGUGAAAAAAUAUUUUUCAAAAAAUAAAUUUAAAAAACUGCGCUACAAUCAACCACAAUAUAAAAUAUAACAAUCCAGAAAUUGUUUUAAACAAAAUAAUAGUAAAUAUUCAACAAAACAAAGAAACCAUUACAGAAACUGCAAAAAUUAGUUUUUUUUACAAAGCUAGCUAAAAGAAGGAAAAAAUUCUAACGGAAUUUGUGUUGUUGGAUUCCUAUUAAUUCCAAGAAAUAAAUGCAGAGUGACGUCAUGUACCGCAGCAGCCCUGAAAGUAACAAGCAAACUGCUGAAACUUUUACAAAUCUAUUGGGCUUAAACAUUAAGUGUUUCCAAGAAAUGUACUUGGACACUUGUGCCUCAAUGGCUGCCGGCUCUACAUCAUCACCCAGUAUUUCACCAACAUCAUCAAAUGGCACAUCGGGGACUGGCUCAUUAAUGUUGUCGCCAGUUUCUAUGUCGCCAACUUCGUCUUCCAGUAAUUCUUCUAAUACCUCAACCUCCUCAUCCUCAGGAUGUGGGGCUGGUAUGGGCUUGGAAAAUAUGACUGCUUUUCAACAGCAACAGUUGUUGGCGGCACAUCAGCAACAUUUAGCGGCUGCUGCUGUAGCUCAACAUCAUUUGGCAAUGGCGGCUGCCGCUGGUAAUCAACAAUCUUCAGUCCAUGUUAAUGGAAAUGUGGGAGGAACUCCAGCCAACACUAAUCAACAACAACAACAUGAUGAAAUUUCUAAAUCUCUUAAAAUGUUUGCUAUGCUAACAGCCUAUUCUAAUGGUAAUGAAACUCCCGCCAUUUGUCCACAACAAAUGCCACAUUCUCCUGUUGAUGCUGUGAUGCAGGAUUUUGCUUGUAAUGGUUAUAUUUGUGAUGAAUUAAAUCGCUACCAGUUGGGUAUGCAUUUAUCUAAUAAUGCAGCGACUGCUGGUGCAAAUACUACCAAUCUACUCAAUUCUUCUAAUGGUCAACUACAGGUCAAUAGCGGAAUUGCCAGUUCGAAUGCAGCAGCAGCAGCUGCUGUUGCUGCAGCAUCACUAAAUCAACACCAAUUGCAACAGUUGCAGCAACACAAUUUAAAUAUAAAUUUCAAUAAUAAUUUUUGGAAAAUGUUGCCUACCCAUAUGCAACAACACUCUAAUGCGGUUACAGCAGCCGCUGCUGCCGCGGCUGCGGCCACAGCUGCUGCUGCAGUUAAUAUGGAUUAUAAUUGUAAUCAAAAGAAGUUACCAAAACGUUAUAAUGGCGCUAAAAAUGAAAAAUAUUCCUCGGCCAAGCAUUGCGUUUUCUGUGAAAAUAAUAAUGAACCAGUAGCCGUUGUGAAGUCUCAUGCCGUGCGUGAUUCUUUAGGCAGAGUACUCUGCCCCAAAUUAAGAACAUAUAUAUGUCCAAUUUGCAAAGCAUCCGGUGAUAUGGCACAUACUGUCAAGUAUUGUCCACAGAAACCCAUCAUAACAAUGGAAGAUGCCAUUAAAGCGGAAUCGUUCCGUUUAGCCAAGGACACCUACUACAAACAACAAAUGAAAGUUUAAAAUCAAAUCGUAUUGAUUUUAUCGUUUUGCUGUGUUACCCGACAAUAUAUCAACCUAAUUUGAUAUAUACUCAAGAAAACAUAAGCAAUUCUUUUUUUAAAUUUAUUAAAAUGAAUUCAAAUUUUAAAUUUGAUUUACAAACGUUAAAUCUAUCA